AUGCAGCAACAAAUGGGUGAAUUACCGGCAGCUAGAGUCACCGUUUCGCGUCCUUUCUCGAAAGCUGGUGUCGAUUUCUUCGGGCCUGUGUAUCUGCGAGCUGGUCGUGGACGGACACCGACAAAGGCAUACGUCGCAAUCUUCGUGUGCAUGGCCACGAAGGCCGUGCAUAUGGAACUAGUCUCAGACCUGUCUACGGAGCGGUUUCUACAGGCGUUGAGACGUUUCUUUGCGCGCCGGGGGCGCUGCACCGAUAUUUACUCGGAUAACGGGACGAAUUUUGUGGGAGCAAGAAAUCAAAUCCGAGAGCUGUUCGAUUUGCUGAAAGAGAAGACACAUCGUGAAACUGUCGCAAAGGAAUGUGUAAACGAAGGCAUAUACUGGCACUUCAACCCUCCAAGUGCCCCACAUUUCGGGGGUUUGUGGGAGGCAGCAGUUCGAUCAGCGAAGUUCCAUCUACUACGAGUGGUCGGUAGCAAUCCUGUGCAUCAAGAGGAUUUCGUCACCUUGCUGACACAAGUGGAGGCCUGUAUGAAUUCUAGGCCAAUGACGUCACUCUCAGAUGAUCCUCUAGACUUGGAGCCGUUGACGCCGGCACACUUUCUGGUUGGAGGAUCUCUGUUAUCCAUGCCUGAUCCUGAUCUCAGCGACGUCCAGCUUAAUCGUUUGACACGAUUCCAACUUGUACAGCGGCAGCUUCAGGAUUUCUGGAGACGCUGGCGACGCGAAUAUUUGUCCCAGCUUCAGGCCCGAUCAAAACAUUGGCAACCAGCAGUUGAUGUUCAAGUUGGAAGAUUGGUUGUAGUAGGUGAGUCGAAUCAGCCACCUACACAGUGGAAGAUGGGUCGGAUUCAGGAGAUGCACCCGGGCGAAGAUGGAGUCACUCGAGUGGUUACAGUGCGAACAUCUACUGGCAGUUUAAAACGACCGUUGGUCAAGCUCUGUUUGUUACCAAUGCAGGAUCAGGAUAAAUAA